AUGCCUAUCAAUGACGCUGAUGACUUGGUUCAAAUCCAAAAUAAGCACAAUGAAGUGAUCGAAGAGAACUUGCUUCACACAGUGAAUUUUUCUGAAUCAAUUAAAGACCUUCGAGAAAUUGUGCCUAAUGGUUCUGAGUUGAACGAAGUGGAUUUGCUAAAGAAUGCUGCAAUUCUUUUACAAUACCAACACAUGAGUAACAUGCAACUUUUAAAGGAAUUGAAAAUUAGAGAUGCAAUAAUUAUUGAAUAUACUAGAAAUUUUGAAAUCCAAAAUUCUGAAAUCAUUCGCCUUAGAAACUUCUAUAAUUAUCUUGAAGCAAAGUUGAAUAACGUAAAAGAAUUUGUGUCUCCAAGUCAAACACUCGUUGAAGAAAUACCAAGUCAAUUAAACAAGCAACUCGAUGAAGUAUAUGCGCUUGGAUUUUCUAGAUCAGCUUUGUAUUGGGUUCUGGCGGUUAUUGAACAAAAUCAAAUAAGUAGUCUGUUUGUUAGUGAAAAGGGUAGUGCUAACAAACGAAAAUAUGAUGUGAACGUUCCACGUGAUGUAAAUACUUGUAUCAAGGAUGAUUGUAAGGGGAACGAAUCGUGA